AUGCAUCAAUCUUAUCCCGACAAGGUACGUGCGAUUUCAAUUGAAGGACAAACCUAUGGUUUCAUGAAACUCGCCGACCUGACUUGGACUGAAUUUUACUCGAGAGCAGACCAGACGUUUUCCAAAUGGCCGAGUUCUGUGGUGAAAUUCAUACCGCUAAGUAAGAAGACAGUGCCCAACACGAAUGGAGGACCUGGUAGUGAUCGAGACUCACAUACGGGAACGGGAAACCAGAAAGGGAACAAAGGUGAAUACAGAAUUGGCCAGAAGAAUAUGCAUGGGCAAGGUGCUGAUGGUUAA